AUGAGAUUUAAGAUCAAUUGGCUUAUCUUUUUUUACUUUUCGUUCGGCCUAUGUUUGAAAUCUGAGGCCAAGAAUCAAUUAAAUCCUGUUGAUAUAGAUAUUGGCUUUUAUAAUAGCAUAGUCAAUGGGGAUACACACAAGGGAUUUCUGUCCAAUAUGGGUUUUAACUUCACGUUAGAGGAUUGUAAGGCGAUGGGUCUUUGUCCUAUAAAUAUGGAACCCGGUGAAGAAUUUAUUAAGAAUUUAAUAACCUUAGACACGUUUGAAGUCCUAACUUAUGUAGUGAGCAAGUAUGAAGAUGAGUUAAGACAGCCCAUCAACGAUACUGCUUACUGGUAUGAGUAUUCUAACAACAGGUUCAAAGGUAGACCGUUAGGGCAAAAUGCUGUACCAAAAGAUUUUCAUCGUGUAGAUAAAUUCAGGCUAAUUAUUACGAUUCCUAUCUACCUACUUUGCUCUGUGGUUACUGCCAUUGUGUAUCUUAAUAAGAGAAAAUUGCUUGCUACAAUGAAUUUCAAAUUCUCAAACAUUUCCAGGACUUUAUUCAAAUAUCUAUCUGUCAAAUUAGUAUUUGGAGUCAUAUAUUUAGUUUUCUUGGUCAUGUUUGAUAAUUUUAAUAUUCAACAAUUGGGAGAUUAUAAGGUUUUAGUUGUAUUGACUAUUUUCAAGUACAUAUUGGGUCUUGCGAGCUUCCUUUUGGUGGUACUUUUUGCUUUUGGCUAUUGCACUUCAUUCUUCACGUUUACCAAUAGAAGAUCCGUCUUAUGGAAGGUAUGUGGCAUAACGUUAUUGUAUGGUAUUCAAAGCUUUCCGAAGUAUUUCUAUGAGUUGCAAGAUCUUAAAAACGAUAUGCUUAUUUACCUAGACAGGUAUAGAAGCAGAUUACCAGUUCCAUUGGCUGUUGGGUUUAUAAUACUUUACGUUGUGAUCCUAUGUGCCCUCGCGUAUAUUGCAUAUGGUACAUACAAGCAUUCUCUCAAAAGAGAUGCUAGGUUUUUACUUUCAAUUCAGAUCAUAUUAGCUGCAUACAUUUUAUCUCCUCUCAUAGUUAUUCCUGCUGGCCGUUCAUCUAUACCUAAUUUUAUCAAAAACAAAUAUUUGUUAAAUGAUCGAGGAGCGCAGGAGUCUUACGCGAGAGGUGUUCAUGUCCCUGAUGUUGUUGAAUUGUUCGCAAUAGGUGCAUUGAUUUAUAUAUGGAGAGAUUUGAAAUAUGUAGAAAAUGAUGGUGAUGGUUAUGAUAAACUUGACAACAACGCAUAUGAGUUAGAAGAAAACCAUUAG